AUGGCACGCCCGGAGCAGCCGCCGGAGCGGCGCCAGGCGUGGGCGCCAGAGCAGCCACCGUUGGGCGCGCGCCGAGCCGCCUCGGGGGCGUCGGGCUCGCCGGGCAGGUCUGCUUCGCUGGGCCAGUCGCCGGGGCCGCCGCUGCCCGUGCCCGUCGGCCUCGCGGCGCUCGCCCCUGGGGAGUCCGCCUGGGGCCCGAGGCCCCUGCUGUGGUCCGCCGCCGCCCGCUUCCGGAGCCUGAGCAACGAGCGGCCCAAGCAGGAGCGGGACUCCUUGCGCAACCGUUCGGUGGAGGGGCGCGCGGGGAGCCGGAAGAACAAGCGCUGGGCCCGCCGGGAGGGGGAACAAAAUCCACGCUCGCAGGACGCCCCCUUGACGUCGGAGGUCGAUGGCCCUCCCGCCUUGCCAAGCAAAUGA